AUGAAGGUGACAGUUCUGUGUUUAUGCCUUAUCAGCAUCACCGCUGCAUGGCCAGUGAGUAAAUCCAAGCAGCAUGCCAUUUCUGUGAGCUCAGAAGAAAAAUCUGACGCCAGGGGCCAUCAGACACACAGAUACCACCACCACCACAGGAAUUCUCAGUCUUGGGAGGGUCUGCAUCACCCACAGAAUGACCUGGCAUCACCUCAGCAGACUCUGUACUCUUCAGAAGAAAGCGUGGAUGUCCCAGUACAACCACACUUUCCUGAUGUGUCAAGCAAGAGCCAUGAAGAUGUGGAUGAUGAUGAUGAUAAUGAUUCCAGUGACACGGAUGAAUCCGAUGAGGUUGUCACAAGUUUUCCCACAGACAUUCCAGUAACUGUACCCUUCCCACCUUUCCCUUUCACCCGGGGAGACAAUGCCGGCAGAGGCGACAGCGUGGCCUACAGGGUGAGGCCAAAAGCCACAGCAGUGAAGUCUAGCAGACUCCGGAAAGCUGCAAAAAAGCUCAUUGUGUAUGAUGCCACCGAGGAGCGUGAUGAGAGUGCCCUGGAUGCAGACAGCCAGCAAGCAGGACUCUCCUGGGAGGACCCUGUUGCCCGCCUCUCCCUGGGGAAGCAUGCUAUCAGUGGGGAGUGGGCUGACAAGAGCCACAGGCAGGACAGCAGCGAGCUGGACAGCAAGCAGCAUGACCAGAGCAUAGAAAACGACAGCCGGCAGAAAUUUGAUAGCCAUGAGGUGGAAGGGGAUGAUAGCAAGGCUGGUGCCAGAGUGGAUAGCCACCAGAGCGUGGAAAGCAGGGAGAGCCAGGUCCGCAUUUCAGCUGAGGUCCCCGACGAUAACAGCAAUCAAACAGCGGAGAGUGCCGAGGAUGCUCAAGAUCGUCACAGCAUCGAAAAUAACGAAGUCACCCUUUAA